AUGUUGCCCACGUGCGGCGGCGCGGGUUGCCGCCGUCUCGGGGCGCUGCCCCUCGUUGUGGCGGCGGCGGCCUCGCCGCUGUGGGGUGCCAGGCGCCACCGCCUGACCAACGCAAGCAUCCUCGCGAACAUCAAGGGCAUGGCGGACGAGGCCAACGACCUCGCCUCCAAGCUCGUCUACGCCAGGCGGCGGCAGGAGGACGCGGUGGCGUGGGCCAUCAAGGAGAAGGAGAUGCUGGCAGAGAAGGCAAAGCGGCAGCUGGCGGCGGAGACGCGGCGGCUGCAGGAGGAGGAGAAAAUUGAGGCGUACCUGCAGGAGGUCGCAGCGAAGUCGGGCGACGCGGCGGCGGCGGCGGCACGCAGGCAGCUCGCAAAGGCGAAGUCCCCCUACACCCGAUCCGUGGACGCCUUUGGCGAGAAGAGUGUGCGGUUGCAGCACUCCUUCGCCGGCCUGGCAGACAACCGCGUCAUUAAGUGGUGGGAGCGACUGUAUUGGAACUACCUCCGCUACGGCUUUACGCAGGAGCGGCUCAUCGCGAAGGACCGGUUUGGGAACAAGUUCACCGUGACCUGGCAGUUCCAGAAGGGGCGGGAGGAGCAGCGGCGCAUGUACCGCAAGGACGCCAACAAGAAGCACCUGCCGUACGGCGCGCUGGCGACGGACGACCGGCUGUGGGAGCGGUGGAUGCGGGGCCACCGCGGCGACCCCCCGAGCGUCGCCGAGGAGGAGCACUGCAGGGACUACAAGAAGCAAUACUUUGGCGCCAUGGUGCUGGAGGAGGAGGAGGUGGAGGACGCCCUGAUGCGCGUCAUGGCCCACAUGAAUCGCUCGCAGCAGACCUUUCAGGAGCUCGACGAGGACCAGGUCUACGGCGACGCCCACCGCGCCACGCGGCCGCUGCGGCAGGCGGAGCACCACCCGGAGCAGGAGCACGCCGCCAAGGCGCAGGCGGGGGCCACCUGGACUCUCGGCUUCGUCCGCGGCGACCUCUUCUACAACGAGGAGGAGGUGGAGGUGAUGCGCACCGAGCUCGGGCACGUCUUUCGCAACAUGGCGUGGCAGGAGCUGGAGUACAAGCGGCAGGUGCGGGUGAACAGGCGGCAGCACCCGGUGCGGAAGCCGGCGGAGGGGACCACCGACCCGAACGCGCCCGACGGCGAGCCCUUCGUCCACUACUGGGAGCGCACCGACCUCGGCAUCCCGUACCACGACGCCGUCCCCGACCUCACCACCCCGGCGCUGGAGCGGCUCCGGGUGGAGGUGGACCAGCUCGAGGACGAGCGGCUCGCGCUGCGGCGCGAGCUCGGCCUCACUGACCUCGGCGACAUCCGGGAGGGGCGCGACCCAAUCGACAAGGCCGGCGCGCGGGAGCCCUUCCAGCCACCGCCCGUCUCCUCCCGCUGGCGGCCAAAGUGCUGGGAGGAGGCGUGGGGCACCGGCGCCGGCAACAAGUGGUAG